GGUCACAUGACCUGGGGAAACAAUUCAAGAUCGGUCUAGGAAGAUUCGGACAAGAGAAACGUUUAUUUUGCCGUUGUUGGUUGAGAAAUCAUUUUGCUUCCAUAGUUGUUCGCACUACCUCGUAGAAUUUCGUUAUAUUCUCUCAAAAUUGAUUCCGUGUUAGGCUUUGGUUAAGUAUUUUUCAGCUCGCAAGUAUUCGCUUGGAAACGGCUAGACUGUUUUGAGUUGCAAGGUUGAACAUUAUUCAAAUUCAGUUUGGUUGUUUUAAAUGGAAAUGCAUCGGAAGUAAAGGCUUUGCUGGGCAAGAAUACAUUUAAAGGGACUUUUCAAUCUUUGCAAUUUGAGUUUCUUUUCAGAAAGGUUAACAACAGAAACCGUUUCCUCGUAUCAAAUUCGCGUUCGUGGGCUAAAACUCGUUCAAGCUACAAGGCGUUAAAGUGGAAUGUCUGACAUGUAAUUUUGAGAUUUGACGCAGGAGAUCAUGUAACCAGGAAAGUUCGAACGGGGGGAUUUAAUUAAAUUCAUGGCGAAAGACAGUGGGACUGAUGUGGAAAGGAGCAGAGGAACUGUUAUGGACGAGCCGUCUUCGAAACAAAAUCGAAAUGACGAUCGAAGAUUUCCACUCAGACGGUUGUUUGGACGAUCCAAGACAUACAAAGGGGAGAACACAACGGAUAAAUUCACCCGUAAAAACAGCACGGAGUCACUGGCUAUUUGCCCAGUUUGUUAUGCGAUGAGAGCGAAAUCUCUGUUCCCCGAAAUAUCAACUUGUGAACAUCGAUCGUGUUUUGAGUGCUUGCGGCAGUACAUGACAAUCGAAAUAAAUGAAUCGCGAGUGAAUUUAACUUGUCCUGAAUGUUCGGAACGAUUUCAUCCAAAUGAUAUUAAACUGAUUUUAAAUGAUGAUGUCCUUAUGGCGAAAUACGACGAGUUUACUCUUCGGAGAACAUUAGUUGCCGAUCCUGAUUGUCGCUGGUGCCCAGCUCCAGAUUGCGGCUUUGCAGUCAUAGCAUCAGGAUGUGCAAGCUGUCCGAAACUGCAGUGUGAAAGACCUGGAUGUAACACUGAGUUCUGUUAUCACUGCAAGCAAAUAUGGCAUCCUAAUUUGACUUGUGAUUCAGCACGACUUCGGCGAGCUACUCACAUCAAAUCCAUUUCUGGAUCUGAAGGACGAAGGUCAAGUGGUUCGGAUGACAUGAAACCAUGUCCGAGAUGUGGAGCUUUUAUUAUCAAGAUGGAUGAUGGUUCUUGCAAUCAUAUGACUUGUGCAGUGUGUGGAGCAGAGUUUUGUUGGUUGUGCAUGAAAGAAAUUUCAGAUCUCCAUUACUUGAGCCCUUCUGGUUGUACCUUUUGGGGUAAAAAGCCUUGGAGUCGUAAGAAGAAAAUCCUCUGGCAAAUGGGAACACUUAUAGGUGCACCUCUUGGAAUAGCUCUUGCUGCAGGGGUGGUACUUCCUGCCAUGGUGAUUGGUAUUCCUGUGUAUGUUGGCCGACAGGUACAUGACAAGUAUGACAAGCCAUAUCAAUCGAGAAGGAAGCGGAACUUGGCCAUCUCUGGGGCAGUCACCCUCUCUGUCCUUGCAUCACCCAUCCUAGCUGCUCUAACUGUGGGUGUUGGGGUGCCAAUUGCUCUUGGGUAUAUCUAUGGUGUAGUGCCAGUUUCUCUCUGCCGCAGUGGAGGUUGUGCCACAGUGACCAAUAUUCGGAAUGGUAAGGGAGUGAACCUUGAUUUCGAUGAAGAUGGAGACCAAGGGACAGCCAGUGUAGCUGGGGUGUUUGGUACAUCGCAAUCUAGCAGCAGAAGCAGCAUGAGAGUUGGUGAAAAGGGGUCUUCAACCGGGGUGGUUACAGUCGUGGCCACUGUCAACAACAGAGGAACAGACACAGAAAGCGGUAAGCAACCCAGUAUUAGCAUGAGUCAGGACUGUUCCAGCUUAGACAGCAGCACUAUUGGCCCCAGAGGUGUUGGUGACGGUGACAGCCAUGCCUCCCUCAUCCCAGGUCCUAGAAGCUGCACUGUGAGCAUUGCCAGCAGCUUUGACAAUUUUAACAUCAAUUCAUGCGAAGGAAUAGGAACGUCUUCAUCUAUCACAGAGGCUAUGGUAGUGGAAGCUGAUGUUGUGGAUCGAACAUCUGUUACGAAUAUUUCUCAUCAAGGAAGCACGGUUGAUAAGGACAGUUUAUCUGUCCUGGAAAGUGUCGGUAGCAAUGAAGACGAUUAAUUUCUGGUACCAUGUGAGUUUAGAAAACAGUUUUUAUGUCUAAUUUAUUUUUUGUUUAUUAAUUAAUAGGUAAAGAUAUUCUCCAAGCUCAGUAGGAUUCUAAUAGAAAAAUAAAUCUAAAAUCAAAAUUGCAAUAUUUUUUCAUUUUAAGUGUUAGUUUUUCUCUGUCUUUUUUUUUUUUUUUUUGAUACUUUUUUGUACAUAACACUCCCCAAAUCUUGCAAAGUGAACUCCUUCAAUUUUUCAGUAGGAGUGUUAAGAGACCUUUAGCAAACCAGGAUGGUGAUGGCCAUAAGGACAUGGUAAAACAAAAGAUCUAAUGAGGAGAACAAUAGCUGGUCAUGUGUGUUUUAAAACUUUGUACAUUUGUUAGCUAUCCUCUGCAAAACAACAACAUGAAAUCAAACUAUUUAGCUUCCAUUUGGAACUCAAUGCUGCUUGCAAUGAAGUUCAGGUGUGGUGCCAGCCAUUUGCAAAAUUCUAACUAAAAAUAUAAAUUCACAUUUUAAUCAAUGUCUUCCCAAGAACGUUUGUCCUCACUGCUUAAGGUCUCUAAUAUUACUACUUUGCAAGACAAGCUGGUUAAAAAAAAGUAGCAUACAAUACUGUGUUUUUUGUUAGUCUGAUUUGGUUUUUCAGGAAAAUGAAACCUUUACAGAAAAUCCAAGAAUGUAUUAUAUUGCAAAAUCAUGAUGAUGGUCUCAAGCAGUACAAUAUCCACACUAGUUUUUUUAAUUAUCUGCAACUUUGUGUACAGUUUCCUUUUCCCCUUUCAUAUUCUUUUCUUUUCCUCCCAGAAGAAUGUUUUUUAAUUUCUUGCUUUGUACAUAGUGUUUGUUCACCCUUAACAAACAUUGUAAGCACUAAUGUUCAUUAAUUUCUGCUAAGGAUUGACUUUCUGACUUGUGCUCAGUUGUUCUUCUUGAGUAUACAAAUAAAAUAAAAAAGUUUAAGUUUAGGUACUGUCGCAAUUUUUAGCACGUAGGUGAAUUGUUGUUCAUUCAAAAAGGGUCUUAAUUGAUUCCUAAUCCUUUGACCUCUAAGAGUGAUGAGCAUCUAAUUUCUCCUUACAAUAUCACCCGUGAAUCACUCAUGAAAGUCAUGAGA